GACAACGACUGGAGGGUUCGGGAGGCGACACACAAAGCGCACGAACAGUUGGCCCACAAAGUUGGCCGAAACAUAGCGCCAUUCCUAAAGCAAUUGAUGCCCGUAUGGCUGACGAGUCAAUACGAUGGCUACAGUCCGGCGGCCACCGCCGCCACCCGUGCCUUCAAUACCGCAUUUCCGGCCACAAAGAAGACCGACGUAUUGGCCUUCACUAAAGAGCCCGUCAUUAAUUACAUAAAAGACAUGGUAUUAAAUCAGACCAUCGAUACCACAGGAGAUCAAACAGCCACAGCCGACGAAAAUAAAUGCAAAUACAAUCGACUUAUAGCCAACUCUAUGCAAGGCUUGACAGCGCUGAUGGCGGCACUGCCCGCCGAUUUGUUGGCCGCCGAUGACGACCCGUUUUACACUAGUCUUAAAGAGUUAAUCAAUAACAAUAAGUUUUGGAAGUUUGCUAAAUAUCCGGAUUCAUUGAUAAGGAGCGCGUGGUUUACGCUGAUGUCGACCGUAGCCCAGCGUACGGCCGACCUGUUCCGGGCGAACGCCCAGAAGAUUUGCGGCCUAACGCUCGGCGCGCUCGACGAGAAGGACGUGUUGGUCGCACCGGCUCUAUGGGAGUGCGCUCUACACACUGUCAACACUAUUGAGGACAGCUGGAAGUGCGUCAACUUUCGCAAAGCGUUUUGCCCCCAAUUGCGGGCCAUUGUCCGUGAGGGUGGCCGCGGCAACGCUUCCGCCCUGUUUCCCAAUCUGUUGCCACUUCUCAGUCGUAUACCACACGAGUCCGCCGACGCGUUCGUUGAGUUUCACACAGAGUUUUAUGGCUUCAUGAGAGAGGGCAUCUCGAAAACUGUCCAAAACAAGAGCCAAUACGAGUGCAACGCUGUGGUGAAGGCGUCAAUGGAGUGUUUGCGGUACUCGAUGUUCAACUCUACCGCCACUCUGGCCGCCGAUACAGAACAGCGGCAACAGUUCCGGACGCAACUCAUCCGCGAACACUUGUUGACACUCGUGGCCGACGCCAUCACAGGCGCCAGUGAUAUGCUGUCUAAGUCGUCGCUUUUCACCGAUUUGGGCCAACUUUGGCUGUAUUUACACUUGAUUCCUAUAAUUAACGCCGAAUUAACGCAUAUAUGUCUAAAUCAAAUUGUAUCAAACAAUAUGUCGACAUUUUGCCGUAUUUCCCGACUCUUUACGUGUCUGUUCUGUGAUCCAAAUCGUGUGAUCAGUAAUAAAACCAUACGUUUUCGGCGCGAAAGUGACGCCGAAGUGACCGACAAAUUAGCAAAGACUUUACGCCUUAACGUAUUGAUGGCCAACGAGUCGAUCCGCGAUGUCCUCAACGAAUGCACGGCUAAACUCAUAGAUAUUUAUCACAAUAACACUCAUAAGUAUCACGUAUUGGAACUGCUGUACGAUCUGCUAAGACUGCAGUCCAACGAGACGUUUGCCGUGUUUUUGACAAAUUGUAUAAAAGUAGAUAAUUUUGAGACAUUUUGGACCAAUUAUAUGAAAGUUUGGCUCAAGAAUCAAAGCCUAAGCGUACCGUCGAGUGAGAAGUUGUCGCAAACAAAGACUUUAAUCGAUAUGACCAUCGCUUUGAUGGAACUGAUUGCCGACAAUGAGACCAGAUUUAAGAUAUUGAACGACAUUUGUUUGCUAUCCGACCCGUAUAUCAUCGAAAGGGUAAUAUCGAUCGCAACGACCAAAACGGGCGACAAUUAUCUGCACCAAUGGCUGAAGAGUGAGAGCGCCGGGCGGGCGCUCAUCGCCCAGACAUCGUUGCUAAUACACGCCAGCAUUGAGUCGUCUGCGGGCCCAUCGGCCCAACGAGAUCUCGAUAUACUUUGGCGGCUAAUCAGCCACUGUUUUGCCGACAACUCAUUCAACCGCGAGUACAUCGAAGAGGUGAUCGACAAGUUUCGGGUGGCCUUUCAGGACAGUUGCCGAUCGCCGGCCACCGCUGACCAUCUGUUGGACUUCACGUGUCGUCUGGCGUCUCAACUGUUCACCAGUUAUGAGUUGUGCACCGAAUUGUCGUCGGCUCGCGAUCUACUGCUCACCAUAUUCUCGAUGAACUGUCGCGUCGACGACCCGAGCGGACAGCUCCGCACGGCCUGGCGUUGCGGUGUGGCUAACAUUGUCCGCUCAAACGGCGCCUAUUUGGCCGACGACGGCAUUAUCGCCCGUUUGGCCCUUCAGAUCAGGUCACGACUUCAGACAAACAUCGCUUCUAUUGAAAAUGCUGAGCUCACCUACCGGUGCGCCUUUGACCUCUUAAACACCAUUUACGAGACAAUUAACGCCUCUCUGGACACGGAUGACGACGAAGAGAAGAAAUCACUGCUUUCUGAUCCCAACACAGCGCUGCUCUUGGAGUUAAUGCUAUUAACGGAUACCGAAUGGCGUGAAUUGCACCACAAAUGCGACACAUCUGUACACCAUUACGAUUGGCUCACGAGUGACACCCUAUUUGAUCCCGCGGUGAGCGAAAUGCUGACCACCAAGUCGUUGGACACCACUGGUCAGCAGUUUGUCUUCUCGGCCGUCGCGUCCGUUACUCUCAUUGAAAAACUACUGGAAACUCAUUCGCAGACCGAACUCAGCGGUGAUUUAUCGCAAACAAUUGUCUCGCAAUUGAAGCACGUAUUCGUUGCCAGCGCUUAUGUGUCGCUGAAGUCCAAGUCUAGUCCGAAGUCGACCUGUUUUUCGAGAUAUAGUAAUAUUUUUACCGAAAGUCUGACCACUGUUUUACGUUUGACUGAAUCCAGUGAUUUGAGGGCAAAAGUUGGCGAUGUUUUGUUGAAAAAAUCCAUUGAUGAUAAUGGACUCAAUAGACUAGCAUUCGCUCAUUAUAUCGACUGUUUUAUUGAAAAAGAUCCAGAAUUUGGAUACGAAUUUUCGUUUGAAAAUCAAAAUUACAACAAAAUCGUAACGUUUCAAAAGUAUUCGCAAAUUUUACACCAAAACUUUCUGAACGACCAUUUGGUUCAAUCGGUAAACGCUUUUGUCUGUUGCGAGCGAUUCAUACAACUGGACGAUGGGAUCGGGAAACUGGCGGCCAUUCACUCGUGUCUGAAACACAUCGAACCGGUGGACGAGUUGACACACAUCGCCGAAACGGUUACAACGAUUAUGGAAGCGUUUUGCGGCCUUAAGGCCCAAAACUCUGGUCUCUUUUAUUACAAAAACGAUAUCACCGCAGACUCUGACCUACAGUUUUAUAGCCUUAUAAUACAGACAUUUACCGUAAUUGUGAACAAAUUUUGUGAUAAACUGACGCAAAAUCACUGGGAUUUGAUGAUAUGUUCGGCUACUUCUUGGCUUAUGAAUAUAAUAAACCAAAAGGAAAAGCUAUUGACGAGUCUAGCGGUCAAUCUAUUCGCCGCAAAAGUGUUUAAUUUAAUUGAAGCCAUUUGUCGGGCGUUUAGCGACCGAAUUGGAACCGCUUUGGCCGAUAAGUAUCCGCCGAAUCUUGUGGUCGAAUGGAAUGAAUUUCAUUCGCAUAAUAUCUUUUUGAUGAUAAUUCCCUACUAUUUGGAAACUUGUGGCAAAGAACUCGACUUUUAUGGCGAUAUUCUGAUGAAUCACUUGUCGAAGACUGUGUCACUGUUUCCCGAUUCUGUGAUAAGCGAACUGUUACCACAGUUGCCAACCAAAGAGCCGCUAACAGGUCAGACGGUGACCAAAUCGUCGUACGAUUAUCUCGGUUUACCACAAGAGCGGGAGAACUGUUUCAACACAUUGUGUCCGCUUGUGGUCAGUCCGCGGCACUCGAUAGCGCUUUCAUCGCAUCGAUUGAUAAUUAGACUAAUACCAUCCCUCAUGAGUGACGCCACGCUAUCAGCGGAACAGUUGGACAGAGAAGAGGAAGAGAUACUAUUAUCGCCACCGAAGACAUUGCUAUCACUACUGGAACAAAUGGACGGCAUUAUCGAUACAAUGCUUAGCGAGUACUGUAUCGGCGACUGUAUCUGCGCUGUGGAAGCGGACACCGACUCAUACACCUAUACGUUGGCCUAUUUGUUGAUUUGGGGCCAAAUACUGGACAUUUUUGGCAACCUUUCCGAAGAGUCGCGGCCGCAGUUCACGGCAUUCCUCCGCCAGUCGUCGUAUUUGUCGCGUCUGUUGGAGAAUCUGUUCCGAUUGAUGCCACUGUCGGCCACCGACGCCCACAAUAUAGACACCGAGUCGUGGCUGACCAGCGAUUGGACCGAACGCCUGCUGGACGAGCCGCGGCUCGACUCCCACCACAUUCAACGCGUGUCCGCAUAUCUGUAUUAUCUAAUACUGCGCCGAUUGCCGGCGUCGGUGAGGCAGUGGUGGAACAACUGCGACCGCCGCACCUCCGAAGUGGUCAACAAGUAUACGGCCGGCUAUUUCAGUGGCGUUCUGUGCGGACAAGAGUUGGAAGCCGUCCAGAAGGCGGACGCGAAACAGUUUGGCCAGAAUAUGGAGGUGAAGGCCCGGUUGGCGGCCCGCGAAGUGGUGGCCAAUUACGCGAUUGAAGAGAUCCGCAUUGAGUUGACGAUACAGUUGCCGACGAAUCACCCGUUGGGACCCGUUUCGGUGGACGGCGGCCGUCGGGUGGGCGUCACCCAAAACCAGUGGCGUAAUUGGCUGCUCCAGUUGACCACAUUCCUCACCCAUCAGAACGGCUCAAUACUUGACGGUCUGAUCCUCUGGAAGAAGAAUAUCGACAAACGCUUCGAAGGCGUCGACGAGUGUAUGAUCUGUUUCUCCGUACUUCACGGCCAGACGUGUCAACUGCCGCGCCUUCAGUGCAAGUACUGUAAAAAGCGAUACCAUUCCGCGUUACCGGUGGUUCAACACCUCCCACAACAGCACCUGUCCGUUGUGUCGGAACCUGUUUUGAACGACAAUAUCAGUCGGACUUUGUUAACCAUAAUAUUAUUUAUACGGGGAAUGAGAGGGGGUGUGGGAGCGGCCGGCGGAGGCCCAGUCCGAUGGGUCUCUCCGACCGCAGCUCCAGGCGGGCCCCUCUGGGCUCACGUCUGUCACGUAAAUACCCUACCCUGGAAACGCUGGAAUAACGGCAUUUCCCUAUAUCUAACCCGACCCACACCUCCCCAAUGGGGUGCGGAGAGGGUGGGCAGGGGUUGA